GUGUGGUGUAUAGAGAGAGGGAGGUGGAUUCGACAAGGCUACACAUAUAAAAAGGCAGGGAGAGAGUGCAUGUGUAGGAGAUGGGAAGGGAAGGUUAGAUAGAGAGGUUGUGACAGAGUAGUGGUGAAGGAAGAAGAGGGUGUGUGAGAGGAGGUUGAGAGGAGGAACGGAGAGGGGGAGACAAAAGAGAAAAAAAGAAAGGGGGGAAGGGGGAUUUAGAGACAGCUAUGGAGGAGAGCAUUGGAGGGGCUCGGAAAGCCACCAAGAGCAAACUGUUUGAGUUCCUCGUCCAUGGAGUGCGCCCAGGAAUCCCAUCGGUGCCACGGAUGCCUCAUCAGGGGACUGCCCUAGGCCCCCCAGGACCUCCUUAUGGUGGGGCCCCAUUGAUACGUCCAGGGAUGCCCACCCCCACUAUGGAGCCCAUAAGGAAACGGCCCCCAAACUCCCAACAGGUUCAACAGCAGCAAGCAGUCCAAAGCAGAUCCAGGAAGAAGCCAACGGGAAUUCCUGGAGCCAAUGACAUUGCUGCGAGGCAGAUGGAUAUGAGAGAGGUCCAAUCAGAUUCCUCACUUGGAUCCAAUGCCAAGAAAAGGAAAAUGGCUGAUAAGAUUCUUCCACAGAGGAUCCGUGAGCUGGUCCCAGAAUCACAGGCCUACAUGGACUUGCUGGCAUUUGAGAGGAAACUGGACCAAACCAUUAUGAGAAAGAGGGUUGACAUCCAGGAAGCAAUUAAGAGACCAAUGAAGCAAAAAAGAAAGUUGAGAUUGUAUAUAUCCAACACAUUCAACCCUGCCAAGCUAGAACCAGAUGAUUCUGAUGGCAGCAUUGCAUCCUGGGAGCUGAGGGUCGAGGGCAAACUCCUAGAAGAUCCAGGAAAGCUGAAAAGGAAAUUCUCAUCAUUCUUCAAAAGCCUGGUGAUAGAGUUGGACAAGGACCUGUAUGGUCCCGACAACCACCUUGUGGAGUGGCAUAGGACCCCCACCACGCAGGAGACAGAUGGAUUCCAGGUGAAGAGACCAGGGGACGUUAGUGUGCGCUGCACCCUGCUUCUCAUGCUGGACUACCAGCCCCCUCAGUUUAAGCUGGACCCUCGGCUGGCCCGUCUGCUGGGUAUUCACACCCAGACCCGCUCCUGUAUCAUCCAGGCUCUCUGGCAGUAUAUCAAGACCAAUAAACUACAGGACUCCCACGAGAAAGAGUACAUUAACUGUGACAAGUACCUCCAACAGAUCUUUGACUGUCAACGUCUAAAGUUUUCUGAGAUUCCUCAGCGUCUGACUAACAUGCUGCUUCCUCCAGACCCUAUUGUCAUCAACCAUGUAAUCAGUGUUGACCCUAAUGACCAGAAGAAGACUGCGUGCUAUGACAUAGAUGUUGAGGUGGAGGACCCCUUAAAGAGUCAGAUGAGUGGCUUCCUGCUCUCUACAGCCAAUCAGCAGGAGAUCGCAUCACUAGACAACAAGAUCCAUGAAACCAUCGAGUCCAUUAACCAGCUGAAGAUCCAGAGGGACUUUAUGCUCAGCUUCUCCAAAGAUCCAAAAGGCUACAUCCAGGACUGGCUCUGCUCCCAGAACAGAGACCUGAAGUUGAUGACCGAUGUGAUGGGAAACCCUGAGGAGGAGAGAAGGGCAGAAUUCUAUGAACAACCCUGGUCUCAAGAGGCUGUCAGCCGUUACUUCUACUGCAAGAUUCAACAACGCAGACAAGAGCUGGAUCAGGCCUUAUCUGUACGUAACACCUAAAGCUGUCCCAUAGGAAGCAGUGACGUAAGACCCAUAGGCAGUCACUGACUACACUUCAACUUUUAAUAGAGCCUCAUUGAGAGGACGGCAUGUCCUGGUCUUGAUGACCUUGGGAGGGUCAUUGGAAGUGACUAAGUAAAUAAUUAUGCUGCAACAUCCAUUGGGCUAUAAAACCCCUGUAUUCAUAGCCUAGUCCACCUCCACGUCAAACCAAAACUCAACCACAUAAAAAUACAUCUUAUUUCAGUAGGCCCUAUACAUAGUUUUCAAGCAAUAGAAGACAAUUAUUCCAUGGAUCUCCAAUAAUGGGGACUUUUAGUUAGUAGGGAGAAAAGUAUACAUAUUUCCACAAUAAACUAUGGAGGAAUGUCUUGAAAAUGAAUGCCUGAUAGAAUGCCAAAAUAGGACAUUUCUAUGUCUAAUUAAGUGGAGAAUGUCAGUAUUUGUAUUGGGCCAUCUCCAGUCAUCCCCACUGAAGUGCUUCCUAGAGCUGUGCUUGUUAUACUCCAUCCAAACAGUCAAUAUAAUACAGAAUGUAUUUUUCCAUUUAUGAUCAACAUUUGUUUUGUAGUAAUUAAUGUCUCAAGACUAAUAAUCCAUCCCUUGAUGCUGUUUUACAUUGAAAUAGUACCGUAUGUAUCCACCAGAACAGGUUUGCUGUAACAUGUGCUGUAUAGCAAAAGCUUUAUACAUUAUUUGUAUAUACUGUAUCGUAUAUUUAAGAUGGCGUCUUGUACAGCAAGGGUGUAGUCACUCUGAAAUUCCAAAGAUACUGAGCUCACAUGUCUAAAGAGAAGGGGAACUCACAUAUAAUAGAUUAUGCCCAAAUUGUGAUGCCAAAUUAUUGAUAUUACAUCAAAUGCAACUAGGAUACAACUAGGCAAAGAAGAACUAGUAAAUACUGCAUGUUGCAGUAAUAAUUUGAGUUGUAGAUGUGUGUACUGUACCGUACACAGUAGUCUGUGUUACAUGACGUUUUGAGCAUCAUAAGCUCAUCAUAAGCAUCUUCUGCUGGGUAAGCAGAAGAUGCUUGGUUCUCUAGCCAAUGACACUGCUAGAAUCUAUCGUAUAUCUUGGACCAGAGUCUAGGAGAAGGGUAAAAGGUGAUGAUCCACAAGGUUUCAUGAAGGACUGUUUAAAUUGUAUAUAGUGUUAUUUGAUUAAUAACUACAUGACCAUUACUGAGAAUGAAAUACCUCGUGAAAUGUUGCAUACACAUGUUUGGUGAGUUAAGGUACAACAGAUUUGAGUGGGAAGUUAAACUGUUUCCAUGGUUUGGAAUGCACUGUCUUGAUUUAGUAUGCACUGUCUAGUUUCAUAGUAUCUUAUUAAUGGAGUACUUAUUUCAAAAUGAAAUGGUAUGUAGAUCUGUUUUUAUGUUGUUUAGGCAUUGACAUUGGCACAUGGAAGUGACUUUUACUCUGAAUACAAACUGUGAUAAUGAAAAUAUAUUUUAGUCAAAGCAAAAUGUGAAAAUGUAGAUCUAUUGACUUACCAUAAUGGAAAUUGGAAAGGUAAAAAAUACUUUGGUAAACAAUUUAUUAUAAAACACUGUCUGAUAUCCUUUCUUGGACCCUCAACUAGAUGCUGAUCAUUCUUCAUUAAACCAAAUCAACCUUACUGAUGAUUUUCAAGUAAUAAAAAACAUCUCACCAAGUGUUCUUGAUUUUUUGAGUGAGGUGAAAAGGUUGCUUGUUAUAAAUGGAGAGGUGUUCAAGUAAUUGACAAACUUAUAGCCUCAGAAAUCUUUCAGAAAGCAUUUGUGAUUUUGACUCUUUAUUUUAUUUAUUUUACUAUGCAUGUUGUGUAUUUAUCCACAUGUUGUGUGCCAGAAAGGACUUUGAUCCAUAAAAAAGAAAUGGAAACUA